ACACAAGCCAUUCCAAUAGCCAGGCUAUUCAGCAGUUCCAGGCAUCAGAGCAUUAAGCAUAGCACGAACUCCAAGCCUGAGUCAAAAGAUACCAAAUCCUGGUCUUGGAAGCAGCCCAUCACAUGGAGGUCCCUAGCUAUCACUUCAGCUAUAGGCCUUGCUUCACUUACUUUCAUGUUCUAUCUAAAACGUGAAAAGGAAAUAGCUCUGGAGAAAGAAAGACGGCGCGUGUUGGGCAAGGCUCGCAUAGGAGGUCGUUUUGAGCUAAUUGAUCACAACGGCAAGACCGUGAAGAGUGAAGACUUCCUCGGCCAGUGGUUGCUCAUAUACUUUGGCUUCACCCACUGCCCUGAUGUCUGUCCUGAUGAGCUAGAAAAACUUGCAACCAUCGUCGACAAAAUUGAUGGUGACAAAAAUUUGCCGAACAUUCAGCCGCUCUUCAUCACCGUGGAUCCCCUGAGGGACUCCGUGGAGGCUGUCAAGGCUUAUGUUGCUGAGUUUCAUCCUAAACUGCUUGGCCUCACGGGCUCUGUAGAUCAAAUUGCUGAAGCAUGCAAGAACUACAGAGUGUAUUUCAGUGCAGGGCCCAAAGAUGAGGAUGAGGAUUACAUUGUGGACCACACAAUCAUCAUCUACCUGGUUGACCCAAAAGGUCAUUUUGUUGAUUACUAUGGACAAAACAAAGAUGCCCAACAAAUAGUUGAUGGAAUUUCUCUUAAUAUAAGGAAAUUUGAGUUAGCGAAAUAGAUUUUCAAGUUGCCCCAUCGUGUUCAUGCUGUGGAGAUUUUAGAUGCCGAGAGGAACCUGCAACUUUUUUUACCCAAUUUUGGUCAGCAUUCGGCAACAGGCAUAGAGGUUUGGUCAGUUAUUUAUCGAGACAAACCAAGCGCAAGUACGUAUGAAAAUUAUGCUGUCCAGGGUUGAGAAUCAUUCAUUCCCUUGAAUACGAAGUUGCAAUAUAUUUAGCGCCUUGAGGUAUUUGUCAUAAAUUCGCCAGUUUGCAAGACACAAUUGCUUGUGACUUUCAAUACGAUUCCACGACGUAGAAGAGCCCAGUUAAGAAAUAUAGAUAGCGCGAUCACUGUCAAUUUUUCUACUGACGUCGACAGAACCGCAAAGGCCUCUAAGAACCGUAACAGGAUAAUCAUGUCACGGGCUUCUUCUUGUUUAUAUGUAUUAUUGUAACAUAAUAACAAAAUAAACUACUACCCUCACAAUACU